UCCACAGUUCUGAGAGACAGAACAGUCACUGCAGGUGAAGCAAGCACAAUGAUGCCUUUCCUGUUCACCGUGAGCACCGCCCUCUUGUGCUCCCAUGCCAUUGCUGCAAGCAGCUACUUAGGACUUGCCCUGGGGAAGCCACUCGGAGGAUUUUCGCAAUACGGUCCUUUCCACGGUGGUUUCGUCCCCGGUGGUCUUUAUGACAACGGUGCAUCCCUUGUCAACCACGGACUACCAUUGGGACAUUUACCAGGACCGAUAUACGGGAAUAGAGGCUACUUGGAGACAUAUGGCACUGGUUCACAUUUUGGAUAUCCCUACGGAAAAGCAAGCUUUCUCAAACAUUUAUACGGAAACCGACUAGGUCUUGCCAAUCCAUACGGCGUUCUACCAAAUGUUAGAGUCGGUGGAGUUACCGAGGCUGAGGAUGAAAGAUCGUCUGGUUCUGGAUCAGAGAGUGCGCUUGGUGCUACAAAUGGCGUAGAUUUCCUUUCUAACAAUCAAAACGUGGAUUCAACUCGAACUGGAAUUAGUGGUUUACACUCCAGUCCCAUUGCUGGCUUGAGUGGCUUCCCUUCUGCUCUUCUUCCUCACACUUCCAGUGUUGCUUUAAGAACAUCCCCUUAUGCUCUUGGACCUCACACUUCCAUUGCUGGUUUCGGAGGAUUCCCUUAUGGUGCUGGACAUCACGCCUCUGUUGCUGCUUUUAGUGGAAUCCUUCCUAAUGUUGGAGCUGCAGGCGUAUUCCCUUAUGGCCUAAAGCCUCACACCCCCAUUGAUUAUCUAACUGGAUUCCCUUAUGGCGUUGGACCUCACGCUCCCAUUGCUGGUUCAACUGGAUUCCACGCAGGUCUUGGGCCCCACACCUCGGUUGCAGGUCUGGGUGGACUGGCUCCUUAUCUUGGACCGUACGCUGCUGGUGCUGGUUUUGGCAGAUUUAACGCCGCUUUUGGACAAAAUAUCCCAAAGGUUGCUUUUAGGUCUCGCACCUCAGCCAACGUGUCUUCAGGGAACAAAGCCAAACAAGAAGCACAGAAACAAUAACUUUAUUUGACAAAAAGGAAUGCAAAGAAAUUUGUAGAGUUUUGAGAGAAUAAGAUUAUUUUAAUCA